ACUCAUGGGAUAGCAGUCUGAGCUGUGACGAGACAUAGUGACAACCCCGAAGAUUGUUGCGGCUUGGGAGCUGUGAAAACGUGAGUUUUUCAAGCAAAUUUAGACCCCAGUGGGUGUAGGAAGAUGAGCCGACAGACAAUAAGCGGGAAGCCAAACCGGCACACUCCGACCAGCAGUGCCACGUCGACACAGGACCUAGCGGGGCUGUUUGAGUGCCCGGUGUGCUUUGAUUAUGUCCUCCCACCCAUACUACAGUGCCAGAGUGGGCACCUAGUGUGCUCUAGCUGCAGACCUAAACUAUCAUGCUGUCCAACAUGCAGAGGACCACUGGGCAACAUCAGAAACUUGGCGAUGGAGAAAGUAGCCAGCACAGUCAUGUUUCCCUGCAAGUAUGCGUCAGCAGGCUGUCCUGUAACAUUGUUACACACAGAAAAACCGGACCACGAGGAGAUCUGUGACUUCAGACCGUACUCCUGCCCAUGUCCGGGGUCGUCCUGUAAGUGGCAGGGUUCACUGGACGCCGUCAUGCCACACCUGACACACGCACACAAGUCAAUAACAACACUACAAGGAGAAGACAUAGUGUUCCUGGCCACGGAUAUCAACCUGCCCGGGGCGGUAGACUGGGUCAUGAUGCAGUCCUGCUUUGGACAUAACUUCAUGUUGGUCCUGGAGAAACAGGAGAAGUACGACGGCCACCAGCAGUUCUUUGCAAUUGUACAGCUAAUAGGGACCAGAAAACAGGCUGAGAACUUCGCCUACAGACUGGAAUUGAACGGCCACCGGCGAAGACUGACGUGGGAAGCCACGCCCAGGUCGAUCCACGAGGGCGUGGCCUCCGCCAUCAGCAGCAGCGACUGCCUGGUGUUCGACACCAACAUCGCCAGACUCUUCGCCGACAACGGCAACCUAGGAAUCAACGUCACCAUCUCCACCUGCUGAGGUGCAGGGCAUCAGUAACAACAGCCUCCAGUGGAAUUCUGGAAUAAUUCCCAUAUCUCAGCAACCGUACAUCUAGAUGGGCUAAUAUUGUGAACUGUUGGUAAAAAUGAUGCAAGAAAUAUAUCAAGAUGUAAGGUUGCUGAGAUAUGAGAAUUAGUCAGGAAUUAAACUGAAAGUCCAGAAUUAAACUGGAGGCUGUUUAACCAGGCCUUACCCAGUUCUGUAGUUGGUUCUUGGAGUCUGCCAAGUCUAAAACGUGCAAUUAGGAAAAAGAAGAGAAAGACAGCUGACUUCUUGUCAAGCACAAAGCUAAUUUUGCAUCUUGUCAGUCUAGUUAUGUACAGAAAGACAUCCAAGAACCAAGGAGUUGGCACGGCCUUGUUUGUUUUUGUUUAUUUCUUUCGUGGUCCGAUCACUGAAGGGUAAGGGACUACUAUAUUGAGGAUGAUUAUUGUGUACUAUGUGAAUGCCAUCCAAAUAACUGUUUAUGUGCCUAAACUUCUCCUAAUGUAUCUGACCAGAAAUGCUUUUCAAGCUAAAGUAAUGCUUAUAUGUUAUAAAUGAUGCAAACAGAACUUAUAUAAACUAUGAAAGAGUACAGAAAUUUGACAAAUUUGUGUGCAGGUGUCAUUUUGUACAAGACUGAUUGGUCUUCCAAAUCAUACCGCAAAUAAAAGAUUUUGGUGAAGUCUGGUUUGAAAGAUGGGUGUUACUCAAAGUCAGUACAUUACCUAUAACACAGAAGAAUGCUUUUGUUUUCUCCUUUACAAGAGAAGAUGUUGCCAACAAAUUUACAUAUCACGCACCCAUUUGAAAGGAAAUCUACAUCCAUCCAAGUAGAACCAGUAGACCAUCUUUAGUAGAAGAUUGCCGCUUAUUUUGGCCAGUAUUACAUGAUCCCACCAUGUUCAGUUACCGUCUGGAAGGUUACAUGAAAAUGUGGCAAACAUUAUCAUAAUGUAUAGUAAUGUGUAAAUGAGUUUCUUGAAAUGUCUCCAGUGAGCUAGAUAUGACUAGAAAUUAUAUCAAGUAGCAUUUGCUGAUAUCUUUGAUACAUUUGAUUAUUGUCACUGUUGCAGAGUUUUUGUUGUUUCAGAACUUAAAGAAGGAAAAGUGUGGAUUUUGACAGGGCUAUUCCACUGAAAGUAUGUGGAGGGAGGAUAAAAAGGAAAUGGUUUAUAAUAUACUAGUAUAAUACUUAGGUAAAUGGUGGUCCAAUGUCUUUACCUCCCAUCCUUUUUGAUGGAAUAGUCCUUAGAAUGCGGUUACAUUAUAGUUGGUUGAAUGUUAUGAUAUAAACACAGGAUUAUCAUGACAGAAGUAUAUUGUAAAAUGUUACACUAGGGCAAAUUGUCAAUAGCAAGGAAAUAGCCACAGUUGUAUAUUCAUGCAGCUUAUUUGCAGUGCCAUGUGUCUAUGAAUUGUUCAAACCAGAAACCUAGAUCAUACUAUUUUUGCCCUGCCACUCAAUUUACUUUUCAGCAGCAAUUUCAGUACAUCUUGACUUGCAUGGCAACAAACCUGUACAGCAAAAAGUGUAGAUUUAUUGAAAUGACAAACCAUAUUAAGAAUAAGAUAGUCGUCAUAUAUUUAUGCCUGUAUGACCCUGUCCAUGUGAUAGCUUUGUGGCAAAUGUCAGCUAUAACAAUGCUGCUUUUCAAGUACCUACUGUUUAUAAACAAUGAUGAUGACAUUGGUCUGCUGAUAGUUGCCAUACAGAUGCUGGGAGGAAAGAUGAUAGGUGUUUGUUGAUGGUCUAAGCAAUGCUGGUGAACAAAAUGGAGCAGUCCAAAAAAAUUGUGAGGGAUCUUUCCUCCCAAUAUCUCAGGUCGGAGAUUGCAAACAGUCAAGUGGUAAAUGAUAAGUUUGGGUAUGAAUGAACUUGGAAUUUGCCUCUAGUGUAAAACGGACCCAGUGUCUGCCAAAUGUGUUUUAAGAAGUCUAAACCUAAGCAAUAGUGAUACAAAGGGGCAUCUCUUGAAAAGAGUGCAGCCUUGAAGGUAUGGUCAUAUGCAAGUUUUGUUCACUUGGGCCACGCUGGUUUGAUUUCUUUGUUUCUGAUUAGCCUAGUUGUAAUUUACCCAUAGAAGCUAUACAUUUGUUUUGGUGCAUUUAAUGGACAUAACAUCGCUUUCAUGACAUCAGUAUUUCUCUGUCCAUGUGAUUUUUUUUUUCUGACAAAAUCGGAAGCCUAAGAAAUUAGAUAGGUGUGGCCCCGAUGUUACCAAGCCAUUGCAUGUAUGUAUGUAACAGCCGCAUUACUGGUAUUGCAUGAUAUUAGUAUGAGAGUGAUAGAAAGAGAAAUGUAUAUUAUUAUUGCUUAUACUUCAGUUUCUACCCUCCCUUACCACAGAAUGUGCUGGGAUAGAUGCUGCAGGAUGUGAAGUCUCUGACAAAUUUUGUCCUUUGAAUCACAGUUUUUUUGUCAAUGAAAUAUCACCAACCCAUAACAAAUUGCAGGAUGUACAAUUACCGGUAUGUUACAAAACCUCCAAUUCACAGUACUUCUGUCAAUUCACAGAAAAUGGUCCGGUAUCCUCCGUAAUGGACUAACACACUAACAAUCACUAGAAGAAGGUGGCGCAGUUCUGUCCAAAGAAAGGGCAACCUCUAGUUGAGAUCCUUUUAGAGAGUGUUUCCGUCAAGACUAUGAAGAAUUUGGGCCACACUUUCGUGAUCUGUGAGAGGACACAGUAGAGUUCUGAAGUUCAUUAACUCAAAAUAGCUGCAAAUGUGUAGAUAGAUAAAUGUUCCAGCAACUCUGUGAUUUGGGAGGGUGGAGAGACAGUAUUCUUCGUCAGCAGUGACUGUUUGUUUUAAUAUUAGGAAAAAUUAUUUAUAUCAAGAGUAGAAUUGCUAUAGAUUGGGCACCAUCCUCUUAGUUCAUUCUCUCUGACUCACGCAGUGGUAUAUGACUGAGUCCGGGAGAUGGCAAAACUAUGAAGAUGGAAACCAGACUAGAAUUGAUAAAAAGGCUAGGGACAGAUGACUUAAAAUGUAUAGACAUUGUAUGUAUAUAUUGCUGCUCACUAAACAGAGAAAGCAUCUGCUUUAGUGUUUCAAUAAAGUUUGUUGUACUUUCA